AUGGGCACUCUCUCGGGACACCUGGCUCUGGCGCUGUUCAUCUAUCACAGUGGGCUCUACUAUACAGCGAUGGUGUCCCCGGCCCUCUCGUGGAGCCAGGAGCUCCUCUUCCCCCCACUCCCCGCAAGGGACAAGCAAGGCCAGAGGUGGUGGCAGCGGGUACAUGCAGAUGGAAUGGUGAAAUGGGCCGGUGAGAUGCUGAUCUUGGGAGAGUUCUUCCCACCUGGAACCAACUGUUUUCCCCUGAUAGACUGGGAGGAUCCUCGGCGGCCUUUCCAGCAUCACCAUGAGUGGCAGCGUGCCACCGUCUUUGGGUUCUUCCUGCUCAGUGCCCUGGUGGAGCUCACGAGCCAGGCGUGGCUGGCUCAGCAGAGCAUGAAGCUGGAGCGGGCGGCCACAGCCUUGGCCCUGGUUGUGAGGCUGCUAGAAAUGGUGGCCCACAUCGAGCACAAGAACGCCCUGGAGGUCCGAGUGCACACCAUGCUGAUGCUGCCUGCCUUCCUGCUAGCUCUGGUGCUCAUGGUCGAGGUCUGGGUCCCUGACCAGCCCCCACUCUGGGUGCUCAAGGCCUGGCUGAUGCUGGUGUCUGGCUCCUGGUUGCUGCAGGUGACCUGGAUACUGUAUGCCCCACUUUCUGGGCAGCCCUAGUGGGCAGACAGCCCCGUGGAACUCGCCUUUCUCACUACCUUGUUCUGCUGGCAGCUGGGCUUAGGGGCUGCUGUGCUGGCCACUGUCUAUGGCCUCUGCAGCCUCUGGCACUGUCGCUACCCCUCCUGGGUGGGAUUUCCAGGGGCCAGAUACCAGCCGUGCCCCACAGGUGACAGAAACAGAGAGCUUGAGACGCUCAGGGCAGAGGCCGUGCUACAGGAUGGAGACGUCUAA